CUGUUAUGGCCACUAGGGGCGGUGAUGCGUCUAAACCAUGAUACUCGUUACCGUUCAAUCCAAGAAGAAGAAGACGAAGAAGAAGAAGAAGAAGAAGAAGAAGACGACAAUAGCGACAAAUUAAUAUAUACACGGGAUUGAGAUGAGGCAGCGAGUCUUCACCGGGGUUGUGACACAGCUGCAGGACCGCCAUGGGACUGUAGACCGGGAUGUACGCUUUGCAAUGAGUGCUGUAGUAGGCAGAGCGCCGCUGGUUGGCGAGAAAGUGCUGGUGAAGGCGGUGCAGGAUCCUUCGCAGUCUGUCAAGUGGACAGCACAAAGAGUGCAGGUGCUCAAUGGCCAGCCAUUUAAGUCUCCUCCGCCGCUGCUACACUCCACGACACCAAACCUGACGCCGGGCAUUUUGGGAAACAAGCGUCAACCACUGCUAAAGUCACCUCAGAUACCACCACUGAUUCCUGGCAUGCAGCCGAAUCCAGGUGGCAUGCUUCAGAUGCCCCACCAUCAGAAGCUGCCGUGGUCUGCUCCCUGGAGUGGGGGAAGCAGGAAGAGACAUAAUGAGGUCGUGGCUGGGCGGAGAGGCCGACACUGGGAGGAAGCCAGUGGCUCUUGGGGAGCCGACAACGCACACCAGAAGAGGCGACGAUGGAAAGCCCCGUCUGAGGAGGAAACAUCCAAAAAGAGCACCUCUCAAACCAGCACGAGCUCUCCUUUCUUCUCCUUUUUCCCACGAGACAGUCAGGCCUGUGAUAAUCUGGAGCUACAGCGGCGCUACCCACACCUCCACGCUCCUCUGUCUCUCUUUCACGUGCAGCUUUGCUGGCCUGAGAGCUUCCCUUCCAGCCAGCCACUUCCUCUCGCAGGGCCCUGUCAUUUCCACGUAGGCUCGCAACAACCUAAGACAGAACCGACUCCAUCUCCAGACUCCACAGACAACUCCAUCUUCUCUGUUAAGGUGCUGUUACUGUCCAUGCCUGGCAUUGAGGACUUCUACACUCAGUGUUGUAACUAUGCAGAGGACGGGAAGGCACAUGGAGAUGCUGUCCACCCUACAACACUGUUCAAGUUUCUAUUACUGGACAAAGCAGGAGAGCUGCAGCUCCCUGGAGGUUCAUGGUCCAAAGAGGACGGGUCCAAUCCGGCCAAAGACAGCAGCGUCAUCAUACACACCGCAGUGCGCUGUGUGAUGGAUCAGACGGCACUGGACCUUUCAGCUUGUACACAAUGGCAUAAAAUGACCGAGCUGAGAUUACUUUCUGGGGAUACAGUGGAGACCGUCGUCAUCUUGAUGCCAGAUGUGUGGAAUCUAGUCCCGACAGCAGAAGAGUGGGCCAAGUUACAGGAAGCACGAGGGGAAGAUGAGUCUUCUCUCCCUGAUGUGCCCUCACUGGUAGUCCAACCCACUGCAGGGUUCACACUGUCUACAGUCUCUCUCUCAUCUCUAUUAGAGCCACGGAUGUCACACAGCAGAGAUACAUUUGAGGUGGGUUUGGUAAGUGAGCUCUUCAGCGAGAUGCUCCAGAGGGAUUUUGGUCUGCAGCUCUACCACUCCCUCUGCAGCCUGCCUCAGACUCCGAAUCCGACUCUUCCUGACUCGGAAAUACAAGCAGAGGACAGCAGCGCUGCCCUGGAUGAUGAGGCAAAAAAGACGAGUAAGGACAUGAGAAAGAAAGGAGCAAGUGAUGCCAAGAAAACAGCAAACAAAGAAGGGGAGGAAGAGGAAGAGACCAAAAUGGAGGAUGAACAGGAAGAGAUUGAACACCAGGCAGAGGAUCAAGAAGAGGCUGAGAGCCAGGCAGAGGUUGAAGAAACACUGACCGCUGAUGUACUUGACAGUCAGUCACUCAAAGACAUAGAGCUUCCCCGUAGGGUCCUUUUAUCCUGGGUGUUUUUCGACAGGCAGCUCUCUGGCUCCCUGAGAGAAGAGGACGUUCAGAACAUCCUGCUCUCCCUGGGGCUCUACCUCACCACUGCUCAGGCACAGGAUCUGGUCAGAAAGAUGUCAGUGGAUGGGAAGUGCAUGUACCGUAAGCUGUGCUCACGCUGGACCGACACAGACGAGGUGGCCUGUGACCUCAGUGCCGAGGGAAAUAAAUCCCUGCUUCCGGGCCUGCCUCGUAAGGAGAAGGGCUCUUCCCGUCGCUCAUCCAGCACCGCUAACCCAGAUGUUGUAAACUACAAAGGGACCGUUCUGAACAUCCCCAACCUGUUGCAGCAUCUCGAGAGCAGCAAAGCAGCACAGCACGAGAUGGAGAAACGGCUCGCUUAUCUGCAGGCAAUACUCGAGGAAGCCAAGUCGAAGCCAGUCUCAGAUGAACAGGAGCAGCUGAAGAGCAGGUUAGAGAAAGUCGAAGCACUCAACAAAACCUAUGAGAAGAAUCUAAAAGAGAACGCGGGCCACAUGCUCACUGUCAUCGAGAAGAUGCAGAAAAUGGUAGAUCAGACAACAAGCCUUACAAGGACAAAGGACGUGAAAGGAGACAAAGACUAACAGUUUCUUCGAAUGGCAAAAAGUGAACAGGGGCAUUUUAAAAACCUCGAAACCAAUUUAUUUUUCACCUCUUUUAAAUCUCUUUUGGGAUAUUAAUGGAGUUGUACAUUUUUAUUUUCAAAACCUCAAAAUGCUCAGCUUGGCAUUUCAGUGGCACGCUUGGCAAAAGUUUGAUUUUGUUUAAAAAAAAAAAAAAAGAAAAAGAAAAACAAAAUGAAAUCAUGUUUGAGUAGCAUCUUAAAGCCUGCACAAAUGUAUUCAACUGGGAAAGUUAAUGUCUUUAUAUUUAGUGUAUUAUUGUUUGCUUUACUCCGUUUAAUCCCAUAAGUAGGAGAAUGAUAUUAAAAUGUUGACUUUUGAGUUGUUAUUUUUUUUCUUUCUAGUUUUGGUCCUCUUGUGUAAAAACAUGAAUUUGCGAUAUUUAUAUUUGCCAUCAGUGCUGCUGAGACUGAAGGGUCCCUUGUUGCAGAUUUAACCUAAUGGUCCUAAUAAAAAUCACUGUUGUUGUCAGGAAUUGCUCGGACUACUGCAAUAACAGAAAACUAAAAACAGUGAUAAACCUGACCCUGCUUCGCCACUUGCCUGGGGUUGCUAUAACGUGGCUUCUGGGCUUUUUUUCCCUUAAUUUAUGAGUGUCACUCAAUUUGAUGAUUGUCACGUUUUGAGUUCUUGUUUGCACUCCUGUAUCAACACCAACAAUAAAAAAUGUCAUUGUGAAUUGUAA